AUGCAUACCAAGUCGCUCACAGAAGGGGAGUUGGACGAGAUCUACGCCUUCGCUGUACAACUCGGCAAGGAUGCUGGCAAGCUACUCCUCGACGCUGCCCAGUCGAGAUUCAACGGCGAGAACACACAGGAAGUUGUCGAAAAAGACAGUUCGGUAGAUAUCGUAACAAAAACCGACGAAGACGUGGAAGCCUUCAUCAAGACAUCCAUCCACCAACAAUACCCCGACCAUGCCUUCAUCGGCGAAGAGACCUACUCCCAAGGCACAUCCCGCGCCUACCUCAUCUCCAACACCACGCCCACCUGGUGCGUUGACCCGCUCGACGGCACCGUCAACUACACGCACCUGGUGCCCAUGUUCUGCGUAUCCAUCGCCUUCAUCGUCCACGGCCAGCCCGCCAUCGGCGUAAUCUGUGCGCCGCUGCUCAGCCAGCUGUUCACGUCGUGCCGCGGCCGCGGCGCCUGGCUCAACGAGACGCAGCGCCUGCCACUGGUCCGCUGCCCCGUCCCGCCUAUGCCGGUGGAUGCGCCGCGUGGCGCGACGUUGGAUCUUGCAUACACGGCGAUGGGGGCGUUUGAUAUUUGGUGGGAGGGUGGGUGUUGGGAAUGGGAUGUCGCCGCUGGUAUUGCCAUCCUCCAAGAAGCCGGCGGGUUGGUAACGACUGCGAACCCUCCUAAGGACCCCGCAACCGCGCGGAUAGAGGACGUGGGGUUGGGAAGUCGGCUAUACUUGGCUAUACGUCCCGCAGGGCCCUCAACCACGGAGUCGGGACGCGAAGGGCAAGAGAGGACCGUCCGGGAGGUAUGGCGGCGUGUAAGAGAGCUCGACUACACUCGGCCGGCCGCUUGA